AUGCCGGCGCCUCUUGGUCAUGAGGAGUUCUUCACCUCCCUCACAACCCUCCUAACAAACACCUCCCAAAAGACCCGCGGCUCCGUCUACCUCACACAAACACCGCUCCUGAACUCCCAAUCACCAGAUACCGCCGAUAAACAAACACUGCCCUCAAUCCUCAUCCGCGCCUCAGACGGCAACACAAACGCACCCAACCCAAAGACACACCCUGAGAUCAAGGACAAGAAGACGAAGAAGGAAACAAAAGCCAAGGUCUCAACUGUUGUGCAGCCGGGUGAGCUCGAAGCGUUCUAUGCGAGGUAUGCGGAGGUCUGUAAGGCUGGGAUGACGGGGCUGAAGAAGCGGGAUCGCAAGUUGAAGAAGGCGAAGGCGAAGGGUGGUGCGGGGAAGGUUGUUAAAGCUUAG